UCAGAUUACUCAUAUGUCAGCAAAGAGACUAAUGUAUUAUUAUUUAGGUGUACGUUUAACGCGUCAAGAGAGAGUAAAGGAGUUUUUAUUAUACUAAAUUUUACUUCAUUUUUAUGAUGUCUUCGGUUGAUCAUAGAACUUUAAACUUUGUUUUUUUUGUUUUCCUGAUGGUUAUCAGCUCCGCCAAUAGUCUUCAGAGGACCCUCAAUUAUGCAUUUAACGAAGAUUGUAAAGAACUUUGUAAAAAUACAAAUGUAAGACUUGCCCAUGUGACAGCCAUCGGACCAAAUGAUACACUACAUUAUUUAUGGGACUUCACAAAAAAUCCUUCUAUAUUAAUCGCUGUUACAUCUCCUGCAGCUAAACUUGUGAUUGAUUGGCAUAAGUACAUAAUGAGAAUUCCAAACUCAUUAAAUUUUACUGAAAAGCCAAUUUAUAUAUUUGGUGUUUCAAUAGAAAGGCUACUUGAAUUUAAUGAUAUCAAUGAUAAAGCAAGAAUCGACGAAGCUACUGAUAAAAACAUCAAGGAACUAAAAUUUGAAAAUUUUGAAUGGCAUUAUAAAAAUAUAACCAGUAAAGACAAUUUUGUUGAAUUAUAUAUGAAAGCUUCUAAAUAUCACAAUCCUGAAACUAAUGAAAGAAGACAUGGAAUUAUUAAGUUUUUAAUGCAUGGAUUUGGCACUUUGAAUCAUUCUCGUAUUACACCGUGUAUGUUGCACUCUGAAAAUGCUACGCAAAUUGAUAUUACACUAGAAAAUAUAGAAACGGAGAGAAGUUUUUCGAAAAGUCGAUUCGCAUUUGAAUUAUUAAUUGUAAGUGAUAAUGAUCCAAACACAUUGCUCGAAGUCAAUACAAAGAGAAAAUUAGAUGAUGAGUUUACACCCGGUAUCUUUGAGAUUCUGGAACUAUCUACACCAGUAAUAUAUAAAAAAUCAGCAUAUUUACAGUGGAGACCCGUUUCUUAUAUUAAACCAGAUCGAGAUGUCACAAAUUCAAGCAGCACUGUAUUUUAUCCAAUUAAAAAUGCUACAACUGAUAUUUAUUUUAGUAAUACAAAUUUACUGUAUAUGUAUUAUGGAGAAAACAUGUUUAACAUUCUUGUCCAAAGGAUGAAUAUAUCAUUAGGUGGUAAGGGAGAUAAUGUUUAUAAGGAAACGCAAUAUGCUACAUGGACAUUUAUUGUUGGAUAUGGAUUCCCACCAGAAGAACGAUUCUCUAAUAUAGUUAUUAUGAUUAUUUCUAUUGGCGUUGGUCUUCCAUUAUUAAUACUAAUUAUGUCAGGAAUAUACGUAUGCGUGCGGCGAAGACCGAAACAACCAAGUGAUGAAUUUACCCAUCACCGAUAGAAAAGAAUAAUUUUAUUUUAAUAUUUAAAACGUAAUCCAAACAUUCACAUUGCACGCCCUACGAGAUUAAUUAUGUAAACAUCUUGCAAUGUAGUUAUGUUGAAAAAUUAAGUGGUUUUCUGUAGAU